AUGGCAAAGUAUUUUCCAAUUGUUAAUUUAAAACUGGCCGGCACUACUGAGGAAUCGGAGUGUUUAAUAUGUUCAAUGUUAUCAAGUGACAUAACUUUAUUUGAAAAGAUCUCGACGACCACAUAUCGUCUACGGAUAAACUCUAUCCUUAAGAAAGUAGAGGAACUACAGUCAAAUACUGAAGACUCUGGAGCAGUUGAUUAUGGCCUCAGUGAGAGUGAUGCAUAUAGUAGCGAUGAAGAUUCAAGAUGUGAUGCAGAAGAUUCCACUCUUAUAGAAGUGAAGAAAUUAAACAACCAAAAAAAUCAAAAUGGCUUAUUAAACUAUUACAAUGAAAUUGAUGAGAGCCAUACUGGUGAAUCAUGGCUGUUAGGACUGAUGGAAGGUGAAUAUUCAGAUUUAAGCAUUGAAGAAAAGUUGAAUGUCAUGGUAGCUUUAAUUGAUCUACUUCGUGAAGGAUCCAGCAUCAGAAUAGAGGAACCUCCAAAAACUAUUGCUGAAUGUGUACCUAGUAUCCAUUAUACUAGUUCGGGAGGAAAAAUUAAGAGGUCAUCAGCUAAGCGUCAAAACCUGCUAGUUUCAUCUUGGGGACAUCUUGGACAAUUACAGGGCAUAUAUAUAUAUAUAUAUGCAACCUUGGGAUUCAUCUCCAGAGAUUUUCAAGAAGCUUUUUAAGGUGCAAAUUUACCAAAGAUUUUGUUGUUACCUUAUUUAAUGAAGUCCUCAGUUAGAAGCAUAAUGCAAUGUAUUUGGUAGAUGCUAGAUAUCCUUUCAUUUGGUUUUUUUUUUUUGCAUGUUUUGACGUCUUUAUAAUUAUCAAUAUGCUCGUGACAAAAGAUUGUUGUGUUAGUUAAUACUGUUUUAUAAUCCUUCUGAUAGUCUGACUCUGUUUAAUUUUGCAGAUUGUUCUUAUUAUUGUCACUUGGUAUGUGUGUAAAAUACAAGAGCUGUAAUAAAAUAAUGGUUCAACGUGGCUUGAAAUCAAUAAAAUCAUUGAAGAAAUUAAUCAAAUAAGUCUAAUUAUGGAUACAGAAUCU